GGCGCGGAGCGGAGCGGAGGGGAGCGGAGGGGAGCGCAGGGGGAGCGCUGCCCCGGCUGCUGCCCGCCCGCUGCCAGCCCGGCCGGACCCGACCCGACCCCCCCUGCCCCGCCGGAAGAAGACGCCGGGCGGACAGAGCUUUCCCGGAGGGGCGAUGCUGCCGAGCCCUGCCCCCGGCAGAAGAAAGCCCUUGCCGCCGGGACCCCCCUCGCAGCGGGACGGAGGAGAAGUCCCCGGCCCCGGAGAUGCGCGGCCCGGGGCAGGCUGCGGGAGAGCAUGAAGAGCUGCCUUCACCUGCCCUCUUAUUAAAGGAAAAAGCAUGCUAAAGCCGGCCCCGACCCUCGGAGCGUAGCCCUUCUGAGCAGGAGGUGGGAUUAUUCCGUGGAGAGCUGUAACCUGGCAGAGAAGUGCUAAAGCCACUUGUCCCCACUGCAAGAGGAACCCACUCCAGGCAUCGCCGGCUUCACACACCGCGUUGUGGCACAGAGGAGCUCACUCAGGUCCUGCCUCUUCCUCUUGCCCUUCUUUCUCCCUCCAGGGAACAACAGAAGAGAGAACUGCUACUCGGCUCUUGCCAGUGCUGGGAAUACUGUGCCUUUUGCCUGGGAUGAAUCGCCCCAAUGUGCCGCUUCUGCGGGAUGUACAAAGUGCGAUGGGGACUGACCCAGCCACCCACGUUUGCCAAGUGAUCAGCAGUGGCCAUGGGCUGGAGGUAGCUGGACACACGCCGGCGGGGUCCGUCACGCACUGCCCGACAGCGCAGACCUGCUGCUGGCUGGAAAACUAACUUCUGGUGGUCCCACUUUGGCGGCUCCUGGUUUUACUUCUCCCCUGCCAAUUUGCACUUUCAGGGAAAAACACACGCAGGCACCUGAUGCGAUGCAGCAUUUCUGGGAUGGUUUUGUGUGUAAGAUUUGCUAUGCAAUUCCAAAACUAAAUGAGAAGGAGAGACGGCCUUGCAUUCCAGAGCAAACAGAGAAUCAGAGGUGAAAGUGUAAAACUUGACCGGUUUGGAACAAAGUGAAGAACUGCUCGCUGACGCUGCCCAGAAACAGAGGACUGAUGGAUUUUGUAACAGGAGCGUGCUGAGGAGGAAGGAAUGGAAUGUUUCAGCAGUGAGAAAUUCAGGGGACCAAAGUAGAGAACAAGCACCUUGUAUAGUACGCAUCAGUAAAUAUGAAGGGCUAGUGCAAUGGACGCUGGAAACACUCGAUCAAUAGUCUAUUUAAGUGGGAUAUGUGCAAGCAUGGAAAAGUGAUUGCAUUCCUGUCUGUGGGGUAUAUUUGUAGAGGACAGCAGCAGAACAUUUGCAGGUGAUCAGUCUGAAUUAGGCUACUUCAUGCUGGGGUGGUGCAACGUGUUUUUGAAGGGGAUUGCUUAAAAACUGUUCUGUGGAGCUGACUGUACUUGCGCAUUUGCAGUUCUUGCUCGUAGAGCUUUCAAUGUCAUUCAGGGAGAUUCAAAGUGGAUGAAGCCCAUCUGGGGGUGUGGGGACCAUAAGAAAGGAUCUUUGGUCUGUUUGGUGACGAGUAAUUAGUGGAUGUCUGAUGUCUCUGCAAGGAAAGGAGCUGAUGUCGUCAUCAAAGUCAUGAUAUGAUUUCCCCUCAGGAGAAACUAUGACUUGGAACGACACCACUAUGGACGGGGAAGGGUUGCUUGUGGAAAGGGACUCUUCCUUUCGGAUUCUCACGGGCUGCUUCCUCUCGCUGCUGAUCCUCUCCACGCUGCUGGGAAACACGCUGGUCUGUGCAGCCGUCAUUAGAUUUCGCCACCUGAGGUCCAAGGUGACCAACUUCUUUGUCAUCUCCUUGGCUGUGUCAGAUCUCUUAGUGGCGGUUUUGGUCAUGCCUUGGAAAGCCGUGGCUGAGAUUGCUGGUUUCUGGCCUUUUGGUUCAUUUUGCAACAUCUGGGUGGCCUUUGACAUUAUGUGCUCGACAGCCUCCAUCUUAAAUCUGUGUGUCAUUAGUGUGGACAGAUACUGGGCCAUCUCCAGCCCAUUUAGGUACGAGAGAAAAAUGACCCCCAAGGCAGCCUUCAUCUUGAUCAGUGUGGCGUGGACUUUGUCUGUGCUGAUUUCCUUCAUCCCCGUGCAGCUCAACUGGCACAAGGCUACCACCACAAGCGUUUUGGACCUAAACGCCAGUUUACAAGGUAUAAGCAUGGACAACUGUGAUUCUAGCCUAAACAGGAUGUAUGCCAUUUCCUCUUCUCUAAUUAGCUUCUACAUACCUGUUGCCAUCAUGAUAGUAACUUACACAAGGAUAUACCGGAUUGCUCAGAAGCAAAUACGACGAAUCUCAGCUUUGGAGAGGGCAGCAGUGCAUGCCAAGAACUGCCAGACCACGAGUGGCAACAGGAGCAGCAUGGACUGCCAGCAACCUGAAAGCAACUUCAAAAUGUCCUUCAAGAGGGAAACGAAGGUUUUAAAGACUUUGUCGGUGAUCAUGGGGGUGUUUGUGUGCUGCUGGUUGCCAUUUUUCGUGUUGAACUGCAUGAUUCCCUUCUGUGAGCCUACCGAACCGUCCAAGGGAGCAGAAGCUUUCUGCAUUAACUCCACCACCUUUGAUGUUUUUGUUUGGUUUGGAUGGGCUAAUUCUUCCCUCAACCCCAUCAUUUAUGCCUUCAAUGCUGAUUUCCGCAAGGCAUUUUCAACCCUGCUAGGAUGCUACAGGCUCUGCCCUAUGUCCAGCAAUGCUAUAGAGACUGUUAGUAUUAACAAUAAUGGAGCAGUUGUGUUUUCAAGCCAACAUGAGCCCAAAGGAUCCAGCCCCAAAGAAUCUAAUCUGGUUUAUCUGAUUCCACAUGCAAUCAUCUGUCCAGAAGAAGAACCUCUAAAAAAGGAAGAAGAGGGUGAACUGUCUAAGACCUUGGAGAAAAUGUCUCCAGCACUGUCGGGUAUCUUGGAUUAUGAAGCUGAUGUUUCUUUGGAAAAGAUCAAUCCCAUUACACAAAAUGGGCAGCAUAAAACCUGAGCAGUAAGGUUUACCCAGCAAGACCCAAUAGUGUACAUUGUAAUAAUCUUUUUAAAAAAACCUAAGCUCUAGGGAGAAAUACACAUUUACACAAAGCCCAGAAUUAAUUUUCCUGGCAUUGAAAGCAAAUUUAAUAUUUAAAACACUACACAGCAAAAGAUACUGAAAAUUGGUUAAAAAAAAGGAUGUUCAUCUGUACUCUUCAUGCUGAGGAAUAUAUACGAAUUCGGAUACAGGGCAGUAAUAAAGAAAAUAUUUCUCCUCUACACCUAGAGAAGCCAAUUUCUAGUUUGAAAUGAGGCAAAAGAUAAAUGUUAAGUAUUUAAAGAUUAAUGUUUACUAGAAGUUAAAAGAUUGCUGUGUUUUGUGAUAGUGGGUGUUAACAGGUCCUAAUUUAAGACUGAGGGAUUGUAAAGGUAGGUAGAGGCCUUCUUAAAAUUAUUUCUGAAAAAUAAUUGAGCCUUAUAACGAGAAUGGUUAUUUUUAAAGCUUUGGGAGGUAAUAUGAUGAUACCAGUUUUAUUUAUUUAUUGUUUUAAAUUGAUAUUUUUCAUAUGUUAUAAGAGAUCUAGCUUUAUUUAUGUUAUUUAAGAUGUCUAAAUAAUGGGAUAUUUUUGGAGUGUCAUAACUGCAUUUUGGCCAGUCAACCAGUCAGCACUUUAUUAAAAGCUCCGAUAGCCUGGAGAGCCAGUGAGGGUAUAAAGGAAGGCUAAGAAGCUCAGCAAGAAAUGAAGGAAUCUACAAAACUGAUGUGGUGUGGAGUUCAUUUGCUUAUGGCCUUUUGUUUUUUAGUGGGAUUUCUUUCAAAAGAUAGGACCAGCGUUGACUGAGUUGUGAAUUCUCUUCCCUUAUAGAAAUAAAAGAAAUUGCUGCUAUUUAUUUUUAAAAAAGUUUCAUGUUACAAAGACUUUGCUAGAAUGUCAAGUUUGUGGAUCUGUAAAUACCUUAAAUAUGACUACAACCUUAAGAAGAAUCCAAUUUGAGAAGAAAAGCUUCUUAGAUCACAAUUCUUAGUAUAUAAUAUUUUGUAUUUAUGUAAGAUAAACAGCUUUCUCAGACUUUUCUUAUUUCAAGUCUUGGAUAUCUUUUCUGAACAAACACGGUUGGUUACAAUGGUAGGAAACAUGCCAAACCUCAUUAUCAUCUGUUUUACUGCAGCAACACCAGGAUCAUGCUGUCUGUCUGCUCCUGUAUCAGUCAGAGUUAAAAAGUGAGGUACCUAGUGCUUUACUUUGGAAGCUGGGAGGACAUUACAUUUUAGUAAUUACCAUGCCAACAGUCCGUUCAAUAAGGAAUAGUGCCUCAUUUCCAUUUGGGAUUAAGACAUUUCUAACUAUGGAUGGAACUGCAGUCCCCACCUCAAAAACGUCCUGUGAGCUCCAAACCAGAGUUGCCAAUGUUCAAUUCAAAAACUGCUACUUUUCCAUUGUCCUUCCCCGCUGCUUUCUCUUUGUAACGCCAAAAGCAAUCGGUGAACAUUAGCAACAGGACCGCUGGGUGUUAAUAUUCAGCAGCAUUCAAAGAGAGUGAUUUGUUUUCUGAAUGGGCGCAAAUACCCUCUGGAGAAACUUUUCGUAACAUAUAUCAAAAAAUGUGUUGUCAGGAAAAGAGAACUGAGAGGAAAAAAUUAAUUCUAAUGAACUCUAUACAUCCUGCAUCAGGUCUGCGUAUUUAUGUAUUGUGAAUGUUUUCAUAAUUUUAUUGCCUGUAUGCUGCUUUCAUACAUAUAAUAAAAUUAUUUUGUGAAGAGGAGGUCAAAUAAAACAAUCCACAUUGCAUUUAUUAAAUACAUGCUGGUUUUUGGCAGUUGUUUGGAUCAUGUUAAAGGCAAGGAUGGUUCCUGUUUUUCCAUUUGCCCUUAUUUGGGAACACACCAGUGAGGCAGAUGGGAUUUUUUAUUAGAAGCAGGAGAAAGUCCCCUCUGCUGAGAGACCUCUCGGCCCUUGCUCUCAGCUAGAGUUUGAAAGCAGUGCAUGCAGCUUGGAAAAAAACACGUCCUGUUUUAAUGCGACUGGUUAAAAUGUGUAAUGUUUGGUUUACUGGUAACUCUUAUCUCAGUGAUUUUGCCUUCAUUUAACAGAACAGCGAACUUGGUUUAUAGCAUGCUUUUAAUGUUGCUUUUUAAAAGAAAUUUCUUCCUUUUGAAACUGUGCAGUACUUUUCAAAGCCCAAUACAAUCUUACCACU